ACCUGGACACUAACUAUGGGGUGGACAACUCUGUGGUUGUGUGUUCUCGCUCUGCCACUAACGAGCGCCAUCCAGGUGAAAGCCAGGAAAGCGCGCCAGUCCAACCAUGUGAACAGCAUCUGCAGCACCUGGGGCAGAGAGCACUUCAAGACCUUCGAUGGAGACGUGUACCAGUUCCCAGGGACGUGUGAAUACAACCUGGCCUCCGACUGCCACUCUGAGUCCUACCAGGAGUUCUCUGUGCACCUGAAGAGGAACGAGGCUACUGAGGCUGAGGGGAACCCUACGGUCAAACACGUAGUGGUCACUAUCAACGACCUGGUCUUCCACCUGACCAAGACUCAGGUCGCGGUCAAUGGAGAAAUUGUAACUCUGCCGUACUACAAUGGAGGAGUCCAACUGGAGAGGAAUGCAGUUUACACCAAACUCUACUCCAAGGUUGGCCUGGUUGUCAUGUGGAACGGAGAAGAUGCUGUCAUGGUGGAGCUGGACACAGAGUACACCAACCGUACCUGUGGUCUCUGUGGAGACUUCAAUGGCCUUCCAGUCCACAAUGAGUUUGUUCAUAACGGUCGUAAAGUGAGCCCCAUUGAGUUUGGAAACAGACAGAAGGUCCACAGGCCCAACGAGGACUGUGAAGACCCCUAUGAAGAGGAAGAGGAAGAUGAACCUGCAGACGUUCAGCCUAAAGAGGACACAUGCAAGGAGUUUCAUGCCCAGUGUGACCAGCUCCUGCGCUCGCCGUUGUGGAGCUCCUGUGGUGCGGUCGUGAACCCUGAGCCCUACAUCCAGGCCUGUGUUCAGGACCUGUGUGGCUGCAGCAACACUUCUGAUAGCUUCUGUGUCUGCAGCACCCUGGCAGAGUACUCCAGACAGUGCUCCCACGCCGGGGGACAGCCACCCCACUGGAGAACAACAUCCUUCUGUGACAAGCAGUGCCCGUUCAACAUGGUCUAUCUGGAGAGUGGCUCUCCCUGCAUGGAUACCUGUACCCACUCAGACACCAGCUCACUGUGUGAAGAACACCUGAUGGAUGGCUGCUUCUGCCCUCAAGGGACUGUGUUUGAUGACAUCUCAAAGAGGGGGUGUGUCACUCAGGACCAGUGUCAGUGCAAACAUGACAAGGUUUACAACUCUGGAGAAGUAUUCAGACAGGACCGUGAGGAAUGUGUCUGUCAUCAUGGUCAGUGGUCCUGUAAAAGUCUGCCCAGCCCUGCUACAUGUGCCGUUGAGGAGGGUUCACACGUGACGACCUUCGAUGGGAAAGCGUUCACCUUCCAUGGGGACUGUUACUACCCCUUAGCCAAGGUGGAAAGCAAGAAUGAAGCCAGUCCAAAGUUCACUGUACUGGUCCAGCUGGUUCCCUGUAUAAGACAGAAGUUUGACACUUGCCUCAAGAGUGUUGUGGUCUUACUAAACAAUGAUAGAAACAACGCUUUGGUGAUCACCGCCGAUGGGAAGGUCAGCCACAAUGCACAGAUCACUCUGCCUUACAACACAGCUGACAUCAGUGUGUUCAAGCCCUCAUCCUUCCACGUGAUGCUCCAGACCAGCUUUGGGCUGCAGGUUCAGAUCCAGCUGGUCCCUAUCAUGCAGGUCUAUGUCACCCUGGACGAGAGCUACAAGACCAAGACACAAGGUCUGUGUGGGAACUUCAACAAGGUUCUGUCCGAUGACAUGAAGACCCCCCAGGGUAUGGUGGAGGGAACAGCCUCUUCAUUUGGGAACUCCUGGAAGGCUAAUCCUACCUGCAGAGACAGAGAGGAGAGGCUGGACGACCCCUGCUCCCUCAGCGUGGAGAAUGAGAACUAUGCUAAACAUUGGUGCUCCAUGCUAAGAAGUUCUGACAGCACUUUUGCCAAGUGCCAUGCCAUGGUGGACCCCGAGCUUUACUACAAGCGAUGCACGUACGCUAGCUGCAACUGUGAGAAGAGUGAAGACUGCCUGUGUGCCGUCUUCUCCUCUUAUGUGCGAGACUGUGCUACCAAGGGAGUGGUCCUGUCAGGCUGGAGAGAGAACGUGUGUGACAAAUACAUUGGUAACUGCCCAGCGUCUCAGACCUACUCUGACCACCUCCAGAGAUGUCAGCUGACCUGUAGCUCCCUGGCCAGCAAAAGCCAGGGUUGUACCAAUGACUUCCUCCCCGUGGAUGGUUGUUCUUGCCCGGAUGGACUCUACAUGGAUGACAGGGGCACCUGUGUACCCAUGGACAAAUGCCCCUGCUUCCACAACGGGGUCCACAUCAAGCCUGGAAAGUCCAUCAACAUUCAGGAGGAACACUGUGUCUGCAACAAUGGGAAGCUUCACUGCCGUUCCUGGAAGAUGCGUUCAGAGAGUACCUGCCAGUCGCCGAAGGUGUUCUUGAACUGCUCCAAUGACCUGGGAGUACAGUGUACACGGAGCUGUAGGAACCCGGAUUUCAUGGACUGUUUCUCCGCAGAGUGUGAGUCUGGGUGCAAGUGUCCCACGAGUCUGUGGGAGGAUGGGAAAGGCAUGUGUGUGAAUAAACAUGAAUGCCCAUGCAGCCAUGACGGAUUCCUCUACGCCCCAGGAAAACAGAUCCCAAACGGAUGUAACACUUGCACCUGUAAGAGUGGGAAAUGGGAGUGCACAGAUAAGAAGUGCCCAGGAACCUGUACCAUCUACGGCAGUGGCCAUUACAAAACCUUUGAUGAGCGCACGUAUGGCUUCCAAGGAAAAUGUGGCUAUGUGGCUGUCCAGAACAAAUGUGGGAACCGGCCUGUCCAGGACAAAUUCAUGGUGAUCACAGAGAACAUACCGUGUGGAACCACAGGCACCACUUGCUCCAAGUCUGUCAGGGUUCAACUGGGGAGAACAGAGCUGAAACUAUCAAAGGGGACCCAUGAAGUGGUGGACCUAGGAGUGGGCUCUCAGAUCCAGUACCGAGUGAGGACCGUCGGUCUGUACCUGAUUGUUGAGUCAGACAUCGGGAUCGCAGUGCUGUGGGACCGCAAAACUACCGUCCGCAUCGUCCUGGAGCCACAGCAUAGUGGAGCAGUGUGCGGCCUGUGUGGGAACUAUAAUGGAGAAGGCAGAGAUGACUUCACCACACAAGGUCAGAUGAUAGUCAGCAGCCCUGUGGAGUUUGCAAACAGCUGGAAAGUGUCAAGCACUUGUCCCGACGCAGAAAGCAACGUGGACCCAUGUGGAGCCAGACCCAACCGUCACAACUGGGCUAAGAUGCAGUGCAGCAUCAUCACAGGAAAGACUUUCCAACUGUGUCACAAGAAGGUAGACCCUAGUCUGUACUUUGAGAACUGUGUGAAAGACUCCUGUGCCUGUGAUACUGGCGGAGACUGUGAGUGUUUCUGUACAGCUGUAGCAGCCUACGCCCAGGCCUGCACCGAAGCUGGAGUCUGUGUUGCAUGGAGAACACCAGAAAUUUGUCCUGUGUUCUGUGACUACUACAACGAUCCAGGUGAAUGUGAAUGGCAUUACAGUCCUUGCCACACACCUUGCUUCAAGACCUGUCUGAAUCCAAAUGGGACCUGUGACAACCCUCUUCCCAAUCUGGAAGGUUGUUACCCACAAUGCCCUCCAGAUAUGCCAAUAUUUGAUGAAGAGACCGGGGAGUGUGUUGAGGAAUGCCCACCAACAGGCCCAUCAACAACAACCCCCCAGGCAACCACACCAACACCAACAACAACACCGUGGACACCAACAACUACCACAUUGACAACAGAACCUCCAACCACAACACCAACACCACCAACAACAACACAAACACCACCAACAACCACACCACCACCAACAACAACAACACCACCACCUCCAACAACAACACCACCACCUCCAACAACAACACCAACAACAACCACACCACCACCAACAACAACAACACCAAUGCCACCAACAACAACACAAACACCACCAACAACCACACCACCACCACCAACAACAACACCAAUGCCACCAACAACAACCACACCAAAACCAACAACAACCACACCAAAACCAACAACAACAACACCAAUGCCACCAACAACAACACAAACACCACCAACAAUCACACCACCAACAACAACAACACCAAUGCCACCAACAACAACCACAGCAAAACCAACAACAACCACACCACCAACAACCACACCACCACCAACAACAACAACACCAAUGCCACCAACAACAACCACACCAAAGCCAACAACAACCACACCAAAACCAACAACAACCACACCAAUACCACCAACAACAACCACACAUACACCAACAACAACAACACCAUUACCACCAACAACAACCACAACAAUACCAACAACAACACCAAUACCACCAACAACAACCACACCAAUACCAACAACAACAACACCAACCACAACAAUACCAACAACAGCAACACCAACAACAACAACAACAACAUCAAUACCACCAACAACAACCACACCAAUACCACCAACAACAACACCAAUUCCACCAACAACAACCACACCAAUACCACCAACAACUACCCCCCAGACACCAGAGCCAACAACUACUCCUUGUAUUCCUACCUGUGAGUGGUCAGAAUGGUAUGAUGAAGAUGAUGAUAAAGAUAAGAGUGACUGGGAAAUGUAUUGGAAUAUCACGCAGAGUGGAAAAGAAGUGUGUGCAGAUCCACAGGAUAUUGAAUGUGUAGCUACAGACUAUCCAAAUACAAGCUUAGAGGACUAUGUAGCUUCGACAGGCCAAGUUGUGGAGUGCGAUGUUGACUUCGGGUUAAUAUGUGAAGAAAAUAAACAAACUCAGAGACCAUUUAAGUGCUUUAACUAUAAGAUUAGAGUCCUCUGUUGCGUUGAAUGUUUAUCAACAACAUCACCAAAACCAACAACAACACUAACAACAACAGCACCUUCACCACCCACAACUACCACACCAAAACCACCAACAACAACCACACCAAUACAAACAACAACAACACCAAUAGCAACAACCACACCACCACCACCACCAACAACAACACCACCAACAACCACACCACCACCAACAACAACACUACCACCAACAACUACCACACCAUUACCACCAACAACAACCACACCUAAACCACCAACUACAACGGAAGCCAUAACUCUAACCACAACCCCAACGACAACAGAAGAAUCAACCACAACCCCCAGGACAACAGAAGAACCAACCACAACCCCAACGACAACAGAAGAACCAACCACAACCCCCAGGACAACAGAAAAACCAACCACAACCCCAACGACAACAGAAGAACCAACCACAACCCCAACGACAACAGAAGAACCAACCACAACCCCAACGACAACAGAAGAACCAACCACAACCCCCAGGACAACUGAAAAACCAACCACAACCCCAACGACAACAGAAGAACCAACCACAACCCCAACGACAACAGAAGAACCAACCACAACCCCAACGACAACAGAAGAACCAACCACAACCCCAACGACAACAGAAGAACCAACCAUAACCCCCAGGACAACUGAAAAACCAACCACAACCCCAACGACAACAGAAGAACCAACCACAACCCCAACGACAACAGAAGAACCAACCACAACCCCAACGACAACAGAAGAACCAACCACAACCCCCAGGACAACUGAAAAACCAACCACAACCACCCCUGUCAUAGAUACCACAACCACUAAAGCUCCUACAACAACACCUAAACCACCAACUACAACACAAGCCACAACUCCAAUGACAACCACAUCACCAACAACCCAUGAAUCGGUUGUCACUGGUCCUCCAAUAACACCAGAACAUCAAGUCAGUUCAAUACCAACCACAACUGGGUCACCAACCCCUCCACCAGUCACUUGUCCUGAGUGGGACAAAGUGCAAAAUGAAACUUUCUGGCUCUGCAACUGCACUUUGGCCAGAUGCAUUGAAAACAACACCAUUGAGAUAAUUCCGUAUGAAUGCCCAGAGCCUGAGCCAAUCACAUGUACCAAUGGCAAGAAACCAGUGCUACAAUGGGAUGAGUUCUACUGCUGCCAACGAUUCGUGUGUGACUGCGUCUGUGAGGGUUGGGGAGACCCCCAUUACAUCACCUUCGACGGGCUCUUCUACAGCUUCCAAGGGAACUGUACCUAUGUGCUGAUGGAGGAGAUGUUGCCGCGUCACCACUUCAAGAUCUACAUCGACAAUGUCAACUGUGAUCCCACCGAGGACGUGUCUUGUCCUCGAUCCAUCAUCGUGUCCUACCGCUCAACAGUUAUAACACUGAAGAAUCACAACCUCAUUGGAGCUGCUCAGUUGGAGGCUCUUAUUGAUGGAGUUUCCCUGAGACUACCCUUCACGCAGCACGGUGUGAAGGUGAUGAACUCUGGUAUCAACAUGGUCUUGGAGAUAGCACACCUCCAGGUGGUAGUUACCUUUGGAGUCACUGGCUUCAGCGUCAACCUUCCUUGGCAACACUUUGGCAACAAUACACAGGGUCAUUGUGGAACAUGUAGCAACAACCAGGCUGAUGACUGCAUGUUGCCUGGAGGUCAGCUGGUGGAGAACUGUGCUCUGAUGGCAGACUACUGGCCAGCCAAGGACCUCUACCAACCUGACUGCCAUGUGCCACCUGGAAUCCCCACCAACUCUCCUCUCCCUGAACCCACACAGAAGCCAUGCGAGCCAGACUCCUCUGUCUGUGAUCUCCUGAAGGACAGCAUUUUUGCAGCCUGUCAUCCAUUUGUCUCACCUGACAACUUCUACAAGGGCUGUGUCUAUGACAGCUGCCACGUGUCCAACCCAGCGGUGGAGUGCACCAGUCUGCAGACAUACGCUGCUGCCUGUGCCCAGUUCGGAGUAUGCAUCUACUGGAGAAACCACACCGAGCUCUGUGCCAGCGACUGUCCAGCUGACAAAGUCUACAAGCCCUGCGGUCCUGCAGAACAGCCAACCUGUGAUGACAAUCCAGACGAGUCUCGGAUGAACUUCACCACAGAAGGCUGCUUCUGUCCUGAUGGGAUGAAACUCUUCAACAAGGACUCAGGGAUCUGUGUUGAUAAGUGUGGAUGCAUUGACCCUGAAGGAGUUCCGCGAGAGUUCAACGAGAGGUUUGAGUACAAGUGCCAGGACUGUGUUUGUUUGGAAUCCACCAAGACUGUGAACUGUAAACCCAAGGUCUGCUCCAAACCACCAGUAGAGAUCUGCACUGGACCAGGUUUUGUAUAUGUCAACCAAACCGAUCCAUCCGAUCCAUGCUGCUCCAACCUCGCCUGCCGUUGUGACAGCAGCACUUGCCCACCUACCAACAUGAACUGUCCUAUUGGGUUCGUGCCAGUGGUUUCAGUCCCUGAGGGGAAAUGCUGUCCAGAGCACACAUGUGAGCCUAAAAGAGUUUGUCUUCACAAAGGCAUUGAAUACCUGCCUAAUUCUAAAGUACCGGGAUCAGAGUGCCAGGAGUGCACCUGCACCAACAAAGUGGACCCCAAGUCUGGUCAUUACCAAAUUGACUGUGGAUUCAUGCAAUGUGACGAAGAUUGUGAAAAGGGAUCUGAGUACCAGGAGCCAGACUACUCCUCAGAUGACUGCUGUGGUAAAUGUGUUCAGACCCACUGUGUCCUCCAGAUCAAUGGGACCAUGCAGUUGUUGAAGCAUGGAGAUACAUGGUCUGCUCCUGGUGACAAGUGCCAGCAGUACAGCUGUGUGAAAAACGGUGAUAGUUAUCUGACCCAGAGCUCCAACAUCCAUUGCCCACCCUUCCAGCAGGCCAACUGCCAGCCUGGUUCAAUUCAGACCGCUGCAAACGGCUGCUGUAGAAUUUGUGUGGAGAAGGACAAGGCCUGUAAGGUAGGAUCCAUGAAGAGUUUCAUCAACCACAAGAGCUGCCAGUCUGUUGAGGAGGUGGAGAUGCCGUACUGUGAGGGAUCCUGCAACACCUUCACCAAGUACUCUGCCAUGGCUGCGUCUCUGGAUCACUCCUGUGCCUGUUGCCAGGAGUCCCGGUCCAGUAACCGCACGGUGGACCUACGUUGUCUGAAUGGAGAUGUGGUGCCCUACACCUACCUACACGUGGAGGAGUGUAGCUGCAGACACAGCGACUGCAACAGAGCCAUUAGGGUGCCUGCCCGCAGGACACGCAGCAACACGCUGGUGUAAAUGGGAUCUGUACUAAUACAGAUGGGAAUGGUCCAGCACCAAUCCACUCGCUGCUUCCUAAGGAACACCCUGCUACCCUGCUUCACAUGGCUGUUAUUUAUCUAAUCGCUUUGAUUUAUAUGUCAAAUGUAGAUUAAAUCAUAUUUAAAAUGUAGAAACGUAUGCUUACUUAUCUUAUUAAAAUACAACCUUCAAAUA